CGUGCUACGCGUCAUUUUAGUAAGUCAAGCGUCAACUCAAGAUGAAUGGACUAUAACCUCUUUUCCCAAAUUAUACCAUAAUAUCACUCAUUUACAUAAAACGAGAAUUUCUAGUAACAAAAUGUCGACUGAUAUUAUUGAGAAAUUGUACCAAAACUACGGAAUAUUAGCUGAUGCAAAAGACGACAUCUCUAAGCAUGAAAAAGAAUACAUGGAGAUUUUGGCGGCCGUUAAAGGAUCCGAUAAAGAAAAACGUUUAGCAUCUCAGUUUAUUGCCAAAUUUUUUCAUAGUUUUCCUAAUCUUGCUGAUCAGGCUAUAGAAGCUCAAUUUGAUCUUUGUGAAGAUGAUGAUGUUGCUAUACGCAAGCAAGCAAUUAAAGACCUGCCUACAAUGUGCAAAACAAACAAGGAGCACACUCAAAGGAUUGCCGACAUUUUAGCACAACUAUUACAGUCUGAGGAUAUAACUGAGAUUAAUGUUGUCACAAAUUCAUUGUUGACAAUAUUAAAAGGUGAUCCAAAAGGUACACUAGCUGGGUUGUUUUCUCAAAUACACCAAAGCACUGAUAGUGAAGUCACUAAUGAGGUAGUGAGGGAAAGAUGUAUCAAGUUCUUGGCAACCAAAGUAAAACAACUGGGACGUGAAGUUAUUAACAAAGAAGCGGAGGAAUUGAUCAUUGUUGAAUGCAAGAAAAUCUUAGAGGAUGUUGUAGCUGAAGAAUUUGAAUACAUCAUGGAACUAUUGACAUGGUCUCGACUGGGUAAGACCCCUGCAGGAAAGAAGGAGCUGGUGCAGCUAGUGGCAGCUCUGGCAUUAACUCCUGAUGACUGGCAUCCUGAAGAUCCUGAAUAUAUUGACAGAAUCAUACAAUGCUCUCAACAUGCCCUGCCCUUGUUUUCUACACAAGUGGAUUCUACUCAAUUUGUCAAUUUCUUUUGUGACCAUAUUUUGAAGAAUUGGAAUAAUAUAGCUACUACUGAAGGAAAUGAUAUAAAACUAGAAUUGCUAAAGAUCUUUGCUGAAAUGACAGAAUUUUGUGGAGAUUUGGACAAUUUGCAAAGCAAAGUUGAUACAGUUUAUGAUGUUUUAAUGAACUAUCUACCAGAAGCCCCAGUUGAAGGUGAGAGUGCAAAUGAUAAGGAAGGUGACAAAACCGAAGACUCCAAGGCUAAUGCAGAACCAUCAUUACAAUUUUCGCAUGUCGAGUGCACACUAUUUGCUUUACACUCAUUGUGUAGAAAAUCACCUGAAGUACUCAGUACUGAUCAAGCUAAACUGAAAACUCUUCGUUUGAGACUGCAGUACACAGCAAGAUUGACACAAGGAUAUAUAAAGAAGUUGAAGGAAGUAACAAAUAGCAAGAAACAUUCGAGUGAAAUGUCUGAAGAAAAUAAAUUGAAAAUCACAGCUUUGAAUACAACUUCUAACAUAAAUACUCUCAUCCGUGACAUAUUCCGAACGCCACCCAGCUUUAAGAGCAAAGUACAAUUGUCAUUCCACACCAAGAAGUCGGAAAAAGAGGCUUUAACUGUACAAUCAGAUGAAAAAGAAACCGAAUCAGCUGGACAAAAACGCCAUCAACCUAUUACCUUUGACAAAGGAGAUAAUGUGUCUCCUGAGAAAAGAGCAAGAAGUGGUGAUAGAAAUAUUAAAAUGUACACACCACCAUCUGGAAAAUAUAGCUCACGGUUUACUGGCAACUAUUCGGGCAGGGGAAGAGGGGGGUAUGGUAGGAGAGACUUCCGAAACAAUGGCGCUCCAUUCCGAAGGCGCAGCAAUUAUUAAUUGCCAAUAUAAAAAUGACAAAAAUAUCAAUAUUCAUAAUUGAUAUAUGAUUUUACAAAUACCAAUCUAUUACAAAUGAAUAAUAGAAUGGUUUUUUUAUCAAGCAAUAUAUUAAUUUCAAUGAUGCAUUAUUAAAAAAAUAAUGUACUAUAAAUUUUUCCUCAAGACAUCUUCAUCGAUUUUAGUUUGUGUUGAGUUUGGUCUGGGUUGUUUGGGGUCCCUUUUGUUUCAGCUUCAACAAUUUCAAAGAUGACAUCUCCUUUGGUAACCAACAACCCGUCUCCCUGUGUGUAAAUAGCGUCUUGUCGUUUAUUGUCGACUCUACGGUACAUCGUAAGUAUAGAUACUUGAUUAGGUCCUACAAUAUAGAAAUAAAAUGAGAAGACUUCUAGGCGUCGUACAAAUAAGCUAUCUUCUAAGUCUACGUAAGUAUAUUAUGCAGGUUUUUAUUAAUCUGUAGAUUACUAAGUCCUGAAUCCUGACCGCAAUAUGGAGAUACAAGCAGCACUAUACAAUUCUAGUAAGUACUAUUUAUGGUAUUAAGUAAUUUAUACAAUUACAAAUUUUAUUUUAUUAUAGAUUCGCAGCCUACCAUUUGAGAAUCGACUCCCAUUCUGGACUCAACUGUUUUCGUAAAUUGGUUUUUAAUUUCAGAUUACUUUUAGGACCUGUUUUUAUUACCAAAACUGAUAUUUCAUGAAGAUUCCUUUUCUUCAUAUUGUGCCGCUAUUCUAUUAAUACAAUUAA